CUUUGAUUCUUUUAUUUUUAGGACCAUAGCCACACUCCAUGGAUUGUGAUCAUAGCUAAAUAUUUAGCACAGUGGUAUAGUGAAACAAAUGGACGAAUACCUAAAACGUAUAAAGAAAAAGAAGACUUCAGAGAUUUGAUUAGACAAGGAAUUCUAAAGAAUGAAAAUGGGGCUCUGGAAGAUGAAGAGAAUUUUGAAGAAGCUAUUAAAAAUGUGAACACAGCACUAAAUACAACUCAGAUCCCAAGCAGUAUUGAAGAUAUAUUUAAUGAUGAUCGCUGCAUAAAUAUCACCAAACAGACUCCGACAUUUUGGAUUUUAGCUCGUGCCUUAAAGGAAUUUGUGGCCAAAGAGGGUCAAGGAAAUUUACCUGUUCGAGGCACAAUUCCUGAUAUGAUUGCAGAUUCAGGCAAAUAUAUAAAACUGCAAAAUGUUUACCGUGAAAAAGCAAAGAAAGAUGCUGCUGCUGUGCGUAAUCACGUUGCCAAAUUGCUUCAGUCUAUAGGCCAGGCACCAGAGUCCAUUUCAGAGAAAGAAUUAAAAUUACUCUGCAGCAAUUCUGCAUUUCUUCGAUUGGUGAGAUGUCGAUCCUUAGCUGAAGAAUAUGGCUUGCAUACAAUUAACAAGGAUGAAAUUAUUUCCAGCAUGGACAAUCCAGAUAAUGAGAUAGUAUUAUACUUAAUGUUACGGGCUGUUGAUAGAUUUCAUAAACAACAUGGUAGAUAUCCAGGGGUAUCUAACUAUCAAGUUGAAGAAGAUAUAGGCAAGUUGAAGUCUUGUCUCACUGGCUUCCUUCAGGAAUAUGGAUUAUCCAUAAUGGUGAAAGAUGAUUAUGUCCAUGAAUUUUGCCGAUACGGAGCUGCUGAACCACACACCAUUGCUGCAUUCUUAGGGGGAGCUGCUGCUCAAGAGGUUAUCAAAGUAAUCACCAAACAAUUUAUAAUUUUUAAUAAUACUUACAUUUAUAGUGGCAUGUCACAAACUUCAGCAACUUUCCAGUUGUAGAAUAAGUACCCUAUAGUGUGUUAACGAUUGAAACUGUAAUUGCCUUCAGGUUGUGCUCUAGUCUGUAAAGUUCUGCUAAGGGAGAACUGUUGUUUCCUUAAUAAACAUUUUUCUCAUUUGUAAUAAUGUAGUCUUGUUCUUUGGGGAGCUGAGGUGGAAGGAGGAAGGAAACAGUUUUCUCAGAGAAUAAAAGCUAUCCAUUUCUAACUGA